AUGGUAUCGCGAAAGCGCACCCGCUCCGAGGCGGAUGCUCCCCCGGAGCAGACAGAGCAGCCACACGAGGAGCCCGGUCUGCUAACGAAGCUUCGGAACAGCUGGGAGUUUGCGAACCUCAUGCAGUAUAUCGCCAUCUUUGGAAAACUCAUGAAAAUUGACGAGGAUUUCGGAAUUGAGGACCUGGAAAACGAGUGUCUCAAGCCUGGACCUUCGGAGAAGCUCUUGGAGAUUGGUCUCUGCCUGCUUAAAUGGGUUUCGUCGCAUCGCGGACUCAGAUUCGAUAACUUUGACGAGUAUACGAGACGCCAGUACAAUGCGAAAGCUCCACACAUCCCCAAUCCCUUCGGGUACGACGAGGUCCCAAAGCGGUUCUUGGACUUUGAUGUAUUCUUGAAACUUCGCGUCCUUCACCAGCUCACUGUCUGGACAUUUUGGAAUCCCGACCGGAUCCGUGAUAAGAUGCCGGAGCAAAGGGAGAUCGACCAGUUACAAUGGCGAAUCGAGGAGAUUGGAUAUGAUCGAAAAGGCCGUUACUAUUAUAUACUAGAUGACAAUAGGCUCUACCGCCGGACUGAUCCUCCCAUUCCCCCUCCGAAGCCGGUUAAGUCGAAGUCGAAAACGACGAGAAAGAGUGCACGAGCCAUGAGAGCAUCGAAGAGGAGAAAAGUCACCGAAGGGGACCACGAUGAGGAGUCUGAAGAGGAGAACACUGACGUGAAUGUGGACAUUGAGAACCCCUACGCGGCGUUGAAGUGGGAAUGCAUUGCCAUUACGCUGGAGGACUACCAACAGUUCCUUGAUUCGAUACGGAACACGAGGGACGCAGAUGAAAAGAUACUCAGAGACAGGAUCGAAGAGCACGUAAUGCCGAUUAUUGAACAGGAACAAGCAGCCCAGGAGCGUCAGAGGAUCAAGCGCGAAAAGGAGCUCAUCAACCUUCAACUCCUUGCUGGUGCCAAGAGGUCAAGCCGUCUCGCCGAGAAGAGUGAGAAGGAGCGGCAGGAACGAGAAGCUAUGGAGGCAGCGCGGAAGCGGGAGGAGGAGCUGGCGGCUGCUCGUAAAGAGGAGGAACGGUUGAGGAAGAUGGAGAAUGAGCGGCGUUCGCGUAUCAUGACUCGCGAGCAGCGGAUCAAGGAGCGCGAGAGAAAACGCAUCCUGCAUGAGGCCGAGCUGGAAAGGAUUCAAGAGGAGCAAAAGAAACUUGAGAGAGGGGAAAGCCGGAUUUCCGAACGUCAGCUAAAGGCUGAAUUAGAGAAGCAGCGGAAGAAUCUGGAAGAUCUUUCUCAGGAAGACGAGUGGAUAUUUGACUGCUCUGGAUGCGGCGUUCACGGUGAGAAUAUUGACGAUGGUUCCCAUAGUGUUGCAUGCGAGAAAUGCAAUGUUUGGCAGCACAGCAAAUGUCUUGGAAUCAAGCAGGAGGAGGCGGAGCGAGAGGACUUUCAUUUCGUCUGCCGGGAUUGCAAACGUCGGGAGGAGGAAGCAAAACUCCCGAAAUUACCGCCGCUCAAAUUCAAGGUUGGGUCUUCGCCCUCUUCCAACACCGAUGGUCAUCCAGAGACGAAAGCCAUCCAACCUACCAACGAGGAUGCGGUGGUUAACGGGUCGCCCUCGAAGCAGCCUUGCCUACCUCAGCCUACUCAGCCUCCGUUUCCUACAUCUCCUGAACGCCGACCUCAGUCUUCAUAUGCGAGUUCUUUCAGCCCGUCUCACGCUCCUUUCUCCCCUUCGAAAGGCAUGAACGGACUUGUUUCGUCUCAAGAUCAGCCGCAACUACCUCCGAUUCAACACUUUGCACCGAAUAGCCGUGGCCCGCUCGCACCCGCUCCUUCCCUCACACAACGACCUUCAUCCGCCCAUUCGAUCCAUAGCCCAACCCUCCCAUCUCCCAUCCAGAACAGACCGUCGAUGUCACCCACGCAAGGCAACCGUGAUGUCGGUCCUCUGGCCGGAUUCCCGCCAAUGCCUUCGUCCGACGGCCCCGGCCCUGGUCCCACAUCAUGGACGCCGUACGGACAGCAUCAGACACCUCGCCCCAGCACCGGCCAUCAUGCUUCAUUCUCGUCAGUCCACAGCGGGAACGGAUCGUUUGCAGCGACACCUACCGCCAAUCGGGCAUCGUCCCCGCACUCUCAUCAUUUGUUAUCUGGCAUAAGCCCUACCAAACAGUCUCCAAGGCCCUGGACUGCCGGAGGCAUGGGAGGAGCACCAAUUUUGCCUCCGGUACAAAAACUAGAACCGAGCCCUAAGCUGAUGGGAAGGAGCUCGCCAGACGCGCCCAUUCCACCGCCCGUGAAGUGCAUGACGCCGGAGCAAGAGGAACGGAGGCAGAGAGAGAACGCUAUGGGUCUACACGGCCAUCUGUCGCAGCCUAACGGACAGCAUGCCAUGUCGCCGUCAAUCAAUCGCAUCCCUCCUCUGGAACCGUCGCCAUUGGUUCCGAAGCCUGAGCCUUCGCAGCCAGGUUACGAUAGUCAUCCAUAG